GAAAAAGACGACUAUUUCGGUAUUUCGACCUCUGCGCUUCCCAAUAUCUUUCCUACUUCGGUCACUUCACUGUAGACCUCGGGUCACUCAAACAUCUCUUCCCUUCGCCGCCGCCGCCGCCGCCGCCGCUACGGCCCGGCGAGCACAACAUUUCGCUGCAAUGGGAAAUUCAUCUUCGAUGCUGACUCAGUACGACAUCGAAGAGGUCCAGGAGCAUUGUAAUCACGCCUUUUCUCAGCAAGAGACAGUCUCGCUGUACCAGAGAUUUUGCCAGCUCGAUCGGAGCAGCGGUGGGUUUAUCUCCGCCGAUGAGUUCCUCUCCGUGCCUGAGUUCGCCGUCAAUCCUCUCGCUCAGAGAUUGCUGAGGACGGUUGAUGGAUUGAAUUUCAAGGAGUUCGUUGCUUUCCUGUCUGCAUUCAGUCCUCGCGCCACAUUGCAGCAGAAAAUUGAAUUUAUCUUCAAGGUAUACGAUUCGGAUGGAAAAGGGUCAGUUUCAUUCAAAGACUUAUUUGAUGUGCUCCGUGAUUUGACUGGACAUUUUAUAUCUGAAGAACAGAGGGAGCAAGUGCUGAAGCAGGUUCUUGAAGAAGCAGGCUACAGAAAGGACUCAUCAUUAGUUUUGGCCGACUUUGUAAAGAUCCUAGGAAAUCCGGGCUUAAAGAUGGAAGUUGAGGUUCCGGUAGAUUAGGCAGAAGAAUUUUUAUGGCAUAACUCCCCAAUCUAUGCAGCAUCAUCUGCAACUCACGAUCUGAAGGCAGGGGGGAAUAUGGAGCAGCCCAACUCUGUGCACAAUCCACAACUCUAAUUAUGUAAACUUUUUCCCUUGCUUGCCAAGGUAUCUGAAUUUAGUGUCAUCUUCUUCAACUCCAUUGUUUCUGGGUUUCCUCCAACUAAGUUGAUCUCUAUUGUAUGUCAAUGGAGGGGAGGAGAUUAGUUGUACAAUUACCGGAUUCUUAUUGACCGACAAAUUGUUGUAAUUUCAGAACUUUGUGCUGCCACUGUGAAGUUCUAUUCACAAUCAUGGCAGCCUUGUUUUGGGCCUUAGUUUGGAUGUUGUCUUUUUGGCAAUAAGUUCAGAUUUCAGAAGUCCACAAGUCAGAUCCAUAUGAUUUAUUGGCCUUCAGGAAAGCAAACCAAUCCCUGAUUUGAUUUCGCAUCCUUUCUGUAACCAAUGAACAUGUUGAAAACUGUCUCCUUUUCCAGUCUCCGCGUCUUUACCAACCCCAAAAAUCGUUCCUACGUUUCUGGGUUUUGAAUUCUGCAAUCUGCUUUCUUUUGGAGGAGGGUUUUAAACUUUUGCAGGCGCCUUUACCUUCGUCUAAUUGGGUUCUUGACCCAGCCAUCAAUCCAUCUUCCCCCUGCCGAAUGUCUCUGAUUCGGAGUUGGUGUAAUUGAUCCAGACUAAACAAUCUCUUGAUCAUGGCUGAAACCCACCAUGCCCUGUUGCUGCCCGAGGCAGAUGCAGUUAGUCUAAGAGAAGCACUCCACGGGCAGCAGCAGAUCCUGCAGAAGCUGUACCGCGAACUGGACGUGGAAAGGGAAGCUGCUGCAACUGCAGCUAGUGAAGCCAUGUCCAUGAUCCUGCGCCUGCAAGGAGAGAAGGCUGCAUUGAAGAUGGAAGCCAACCAAUACAAGAGAAUGGCCGAGGAAAAAAUGUGCCACGCGGAGGAGACGCUGGAACUCUGCGACGAUCUGAUGUACCAGAAAGAGAUGGAGAUUGCAUCCCUCGAGUUCCAGCUUCAGUCUUACAAGAACAGGUUUGUCAGCAUGGGACCUAACGAUGCUCCAGACCUCGAUCUUUCGCCCCACAAAAGCGACACUCUGAAAGGGGAAAAGGGUGGUGGUGUCAGGAGGCUCAACUCGUUGCCUCAGCUUGCAUUGAUGGAUACUAUCCAUAAGAGAGUAGGGUUUGACAGGAAACAAGUUGCCUCACCUAGCACAGCUACUAUCGACGAGGAAUCUGAAUUUCAAGAGAUUCAUGAGUUGGAGAAGAAGUUCGUGGCGGGUCAUACUGCUGGAGACUUAAAUUCGUACUGGGAACAGAUCAAGAAAUUGGACGAACGACUGAAAGAGAAGUCGGAUGGAAGCAGCAAAGAUCAUACUAGCAAACACAAGUCUGCACUUUGGAGAGGUGGGACUUGGUCUCAUUCGUCAUACUCACAACUUACUGAAGGAAACAACGGUAAUAGUGGCGGCGAGAACUCAACUCCACAAGACCUGGAAGCUGGUUUGAGUUCUCAUGCACCUUCCAAUAAUUGUAUGGCUGACAAUCUCGAGAGUCAAAAAAAGCCUUGUGAACAGCAGAAGAAAGAUAGUCGAAAACCUCAUGUGGAAGGUAGUACUGAGUUUCAUAAACAGGACAUAUCAUCAGGAGAGCAAGGGAAGGUAGUGUCGCAUUGUUCUUCAAGCAACGAGAAGAAGAAAACACCAAAAGACGCACCACUUGUUGACCAUGGACAUGGUGGUUUGCCUCCUCCACCUCAUCACCAUUUGGUCACACCAUGCGAUUACCAGAAUCUGAUGCGAAGAAUCGAGAGGCUCGAGAGAGGGAGGAACAAUGUGAGGCACCAGCAGCAGCAGGAGAUUGGUUCUUGCGGCGGAGGGCAAACAGCAGAAGAAGAGAUGCAUCUGUUGAAGGCGAUUCAAGAACAACUUGGCGGGAUACAGACCGAACUCAGGAGUCGAAAAGCUCAGAAACCUAUUGUCCCAGUUGAACCGUGUCUUGAUGUACUCCAGGAGGCAAUGUUAUACUUCUGGCUAUAAUGCAAUCAAAGAGUUUCAAUACUGCAUUGUUACAAAAACAUUACUACAGAGUGCAGUGUGAAGAUAAUGCUGCAGGAAAUCGACUGUCACAUUUUGAUACAGAAGGCAAGGAGUUUGUAUAUUUGUUAUUAGGCAUGACCUUUUUCUGUAUCCUUGUGCAUAUAGGAUGUGUGUGCCCUGUAUCUGAAUUUCGAUCGGCACCUUUCUAUGUACAGUUGUUGUUCUAUCAAGUCAUUUUCUUUUCCUGCUUCAAAAUAAAGCUGGAAAUGGUGGCCCUGAUCAAUUGCCUGGUGUUAUGCUCUAUUGUCUUGUCCAAGGAAACUAAUCAAUAUGAGGGGCCAGAAAACUGUGGUCCAUUUCA